AUGGGCUUGGGGCAAGGAGACCUGGUGUUGCGAGACCAGUUCAUCCUGGGCCUUAAAGAAGGACCAGUACGGCAAGAGCUUCGUCGGCAGGUACGAAAAGCCCCCCAGCUCACCUUCGAUGAGGUAAAGAUGGAAGCUUUAGCAUUGGAGGAUGAACAAGGACAGCAAUGGCCUGCUUUCGAGUGUACAGCAGUGAGUAAAACCACACCCGUGAGCUCACACGGGUACAUGGUGGCCGACUUUGAAAUCCAUGGGGUCCGGGUACCUGCACGUGGCAUUGUAGUGGCUAAGGACGAGUGUAUUGGAGCAGACAAAGCCAUCCUAGGGAUGAACGUGAUUACUGACUGUUGGGAAGAACUUUUCACGCAGUACAAGGCCUCCCCCAAACACUCGACGCCACCACUGAGCAGGGAAUGGAACACUGUUUUUAUCGACUGUCAACGCAUCCGUGCUGCCGCUAAUGCAGAGCCAUGGCAAGCUACAGCGAGAUUAGCCAGUCGUACUCCUGUAACCAUACCCGCACAAAGUGAAAUGACUGUUUGGGCCAAAAUCCCACGGCCCUCUUCAAACCAGCCAGGCUGUGCGCUGGUAGAACCCCUUGGGGAAGAUGGAGGAGUUGGGGUGGCCAGAGCAUUAGUGACUGUGAGAAAGGCGCGCAUUCCAGUGAGGGUUAGGAAUGUCCAUCCGUAUGCUCUAACGCUCAGCAGGUUCCAGAGGCUGGCGACUGUCUCGGCCGUCGACCCUGACGCGGUGCGGGAUGGGAAGGAGCUCUCCAUUCUGAAUGUGGGUCCUGGAGUCGUGGAGGUUAAUCUGGUCGACACUGCUGAUCCGGACAAACCAGAGGUGAAUGAGACAACUAAUGCCCUUCCCCUCUCUAAAGGAGAUGGACUCACAGAUGAUGAGCAAAGACAAUUGAAUGAACUACUGCGAAGAUGGAGUCAUGUGUUCUCGAUACACGAGGAAGACUAUGGACGAACGGGGGCUGUGAAACACCGGAUUCCCACAGACUGCCUGCUCCCCCAGACCGGGAAUUGGCCGGAGAGGAGAGACUGGUUGGGGCAGUAG